CACAUGACAUGACAAUCGCCCGCCUAGCGCGACGGAGCGGCCGCGGCGACGUCUCAUCGAUACGGCUGCUGGGCCUGGUCGUGGUCGGGCCGCCUCCGCGCUGUCCAUGUUGGCGCACUUACAGGCAGACUAGCCUAAGAUCGCGAUUUUCCUCACCCCCUCUCGCCCUCAAACUCCUAUACCGCCUGUGCUUCUUCAGUCGCGACCUUAUAGGCUGGUGUCAGUAUACUCGCACCGAAGCGGAGGAGGAGGCUGGCGGAGCCCCUUACCUAGAAGACGGGGCGCAUCGCCUCCAGGACCACCGUGCUCCAAGAGGGCGACCUGCUUGCACCCCUCGGACAUGCUCCCCCACCCGUCGCCGCGCCGCCCGUUCCUGGUGCACCAAAGUUAGAUGACCUCUGCGAUUAGAGCCUGUUAUUGGAGUGUUCGUAUGCGCGCUGCACGGGGCCGGCGGGCGGCGCAGUGUUGUCAGUGUUGUGGGUGUUGUGCCGGCCUGUGGACGCAAUUGUAGAGAGAGCAGUGGCAGAGGACUGCUGGGCUGAAGUGUGUUGUUAUUGCCUAACCUGGAUCGGGACGAGAGUAGUAAACUUGGAAGCGACGUAUUAUAGACAUGAAGACGAAGAGGACGGUCGCAGACUCACACGAGUUGAGGCAAAGGCAUUAUGACUACCCGGAAGGUCCUUACCCUCACACUAGUCAGGAAUAUUGCAGAUGAAGUGCUCAUGGGUUUGAAGAAACGAGGAUUCGGUGAAGGAAAGUGGAAUGGUUUUGGAGGAAAAGUUGAACCAGGAGAAACCAUUCCUCAGGCAGCAGCCCGAGAACUGACAGAAGAGUGUGGUUUACGGGCUCAUUACUUGACCAAAGUUGGUUUACUCGAUUUUGAAUUUCUGAAUGACCCAGUCAUUCAUGAGGUUCAUGUGUUUGAAACUAGAGAGUAUUCUGGAACUGUCGUUGAGACUGAAGAAAUGAGCCCAAAGUGGUACAAGAUUGAAGACAUUCCAUUCAAUGAGAUGUGGUUGGAUGACCCAAUAUGGUUUCCCUGGUACCUUAAAGGCGGGCCUCAGUUCUAUGGCUACUUUCUUUACAAAGGAUUCGAUACAAUUUUGAAACAAGAGCUCAAGUCAACUGAUUUACCUCCUACAACUACUAUCUUUGAAAGUGUCAAAUCUCAACAAGCUUAACCAAAAUAAAGGAGAUGAUUUUUAAAA